UUUCUUCGUGUUUGGAUAUUCUGAUCUCGAACAGAGAGAGAGAGAGAGAGAGAAAACUAGAGUUUCUGUUCGAGUUUAUUCUGUUUAAUUUCGUUUUGAUUGGUUGGUUGUUGUUUCUUCGUUCUUUAAUGGCGAUGGACGAUAACGAGAGUUGCAGUAGCAGAGUUGUGGAGUCAUCACCAACGCAUCCUCGUCAGCAGAGACAGAAGCUUGAGGUGUAUAACGAGGUGCUUCGUCGACUUAAGGAAUCUAAUCACGAGGAGGCUAAUCUUCCUGGCUUUGAUGAUGAGCUAUGGUCUCAUUUCAGUCGACUGCCGACGAGGUACGCACUGGAUGUGAAUGCUGAGAGGGCCGAAGAUGUUCUCAAACACAAAAGACUACUGCAACUCGCGCAUGACCCUGAUAACAGACCAGCAUUAGAUGUGCGCCUUGUGCAGGUUAUGCGUAAUGGAAAUUCAGUUGAUUCCAUCAACUCAAGCUCUUCAGGAAAUGAAGGUGUUCAGAGUUCUUCCAAUCAACACAAAAGACAGAGCAUUCACCCUCCUCCUGCAUUUGGCUCAUCACCUAAUCUAGAAGCCCUUGCACUUGAAGCAAGCAAAUCACAUGUUGAAGAUGGUGAUAAAUCUGUACAUGACAAUCCACAACUCUCCCAGCCUAUGCAUGAAGUCACUUUUUCAACCGAUGAUAAGCCAAAACUUCUUAGUCAGUUGACAUCAUUACUUGCUGAGGUUGGACUGAACAUCCAAGAGGCACAUGCUUUUUCCACAGUAGAUGGCUACUCCUUAGACGUCUUCGUUGUUGAUGGCUGGCCAUAUGAGGAAACUGAGCAGCUUAGACAUGCGCUGGAAAAAGAGAUUUUAAAGAUCAAGAAGCAAUCUUUGUCGAGGCCUCGUACUUUGUCUUCUAUCAGCCAGCAUGAACAAACUGCUUCUGAUCCCAUUCCUGAUCAUGUAAAGAUACCUACUGAUGGGACUGAUGUAUGGGAAAUUGAUAUGAGGCUGUUAAAAUUCGGAAAUAAAGUUGCAUCCGGGUCCUAUGGUGAUCUGUAUAAAGGUACACUCUGUAGCCAGGAGGUGGCUAUUAAAGUCCUAAAGCCUGAGCGUGUAAAUGAGAAUAUGCAGAAGGAGUUUGCCCAGGAAGUAUUUAUUAUGAGGAAAGUUCGCCACAAGAAUGUGGUGCAGUUCAUUGGUGCAUGUACCCGACCUCCAACCUUGUGCAUUGUUACAGAAUUUAUGUCUGGGGGAAGUGUGUUUGAUUUUCUGCAUAAACAAAAGGGCGUGUUUAAGCUUCCAUCCUUACUCAAAGUGGCAAUUGAUGUUUCCAAGGGAAUGAACUACUUGCAUCAGAACAAUAUAAUUCACAGAGACCUAAAGGCUGCUAAUCUGCUGAUGGACGGAAAUGAAAUUGUCAAGGUUGCUGACUUUGGAGUUGCCCGGGUACAAACUCAGUCUGGAGUGAUGACAGCAGAAACUGGAACUUAUCGUUGGAUGGCUCCUGAGGUCAUAGAACACAAUCCGUAUGAUCACAAGGCUGACGUGUUCAGUUUUGGGAUUGUAUUAUGGGAGCUGUUAACAGGGAAGAUCCCAUACGAGUUCUUAACUCCAUUACAAGCUGCCGUGGGUGUGGUGCAAAAGGGUCUACGGCCCCCAAUUCCAAAGAACACACAUCCAAAACUUGCCGAACUGCUUGAGAGAUGCUGGCAGCAAGACCCAAGCUUAAGACCAGACUUUUCUGAAAUUAUAGAUAUGCUACAGCGAAUAGCCAAAGAGGUUGGGGAUGAUGAGAAGAAAUCUGGGGGAUUCUUCUCAGUACUUAAGUGGAGUCACCACUGAUGUAGAGCAAAGAAGAUGGUGCUGUUUAUAAUGUUUUCGUAUGGUCAUGUAAGCGAAUGUCCAUCUACCUUUGUGCGUUGUACAGUAAUUAUUAAUUUUUUUUUCCUAAUAAUCGAUUUGCCCUUAAUUAUAGUAGUCAUUUCUCAUUGGGUUUUUUA